AUGGAGGGCCAGGCUAGUAGUGCCACCGAAGAAGGCCUCUACGCCAAAGCCAAAGCAUCACCAUUUCACUUCAAGUCUGGCUCCAAACGCCGCUCCCGACGCCACGAUAGCGAAAGCAAAGAUGAAGAUGCCGACGAAGGUCACCGCAAGAGGCACAGGACAGACAGAGAAAAGGACGCGCGACGAAGCCAUCGUGACUCCAGGCGCAGAGACAAGCACAAGCACCGCACUCACGACGACCGUCACCCCACCUCGACACGCGAUGGCACAUACUAUGACCCUGACUACCGGCAUCGUGAAUCUUUAUUCGACAACUUGGAGGAAUCAGGCGCCGGCUCUCCAGGACCAGCACCCGACGAUGCAUUCCGCGAGUCCCUGUUCGACGCACUUGCUGAUGACGAGGGUGCCGCGUAUUGGGAAGGCGUCUACGGCCAGCCUGUGCACAUAUAUCCCGAUGUCAAACCUGGCCCAGACGGAAAGCUGGAACGCAUGACCGAGGAAGAGUAUGCAGGCUAUGUACGCACCAAGAUGUGGGAAAAGAGUCACCAGCAUAUACUCGAGGAACGUGAGGCGAAAGAGCGAGCGCGCCAGAAGCGAAAGGCUCAGCAGACUCAGCUCGACGAAGAGUUCGAGCGUGAAGAAGCAGAAAGAGAAAGCAUACGGCGUCGUAUGGAAGAAAGCCUGCGUCGGGGCGAAGAGCGAAAGAAAGCCAGAGAGGCAGAAGCCGCUUGGGACAGUUACAUGGCCAAAUGGGACAAUCUGAAGAAAGCCCAAGAUCUAGGCGACGAAACAGCCACCAAGGUACACGACCUCAUGCCAUGGCCUGUAGUGUCGGGAAAGGCAAAGCACGUGUCCAAGGAAGAGAUUGAGCGCUUCUUCCGGGGCUCAAAGUCAUGGCGAGACGACUCUAUUGCACUGCUCAAGGCCGAGCGAGUGCGCUGGCACCCUGACAAGAUGCAGCAGCGUUUCGGGCAACACAUUGAUGCAGACACUAUGAAGCUAGUUACGGCCGUCUUUCAGGUCAUCGAUCGGCUGUGGAACAACCGACGCUGAUGCGGUCAAACGCCCUCCGCGGACGGAGUUUGGGCCGCAUACAAUCUAUGCUAUACGCACCCAUACCCGAUGUUUCCGCCCUGCGUCUUGGCGGAGGAGCAAUAUGGCUAGAUCCACAUUAUGAUGGAGCAUGAUUUUACGUGCCCCAUCCAGCCACACAGCUGAACAGAACAACAACAUACCAAAGCAAUCAAGGUC